AUGCUGUGAUCACAAAGGCAGCCCCUGGAGCUUCUCCGGGCAGAAGAGGAGGUGGGCCGGACUGUCAAAGAAAGUGGCUGGCUUCCGUGGGCAAUCCGAGGUUCCUAGUGGCCCUCUGCAGAAAGCUGAACUCCCAGUUCCCCCAGGCCUCCGUCCCGCGGCGGACUCCUAGGCUUCCUCCCUGUCGCCGCCAGCCCCUCGCUCUCCCCGUCUUCCGCCCGCACUCUCUGGGCAGGGCUGCGGCCAGGACCCGCCCCCGCGUCCCGCCCGACCCUCCGCCAGGGGUCACUUCCCCUGUCCAGGUUUCAGCUUCCACAUGUGUCAAGCGGCUGGCUCAGCCCAGAGUCCCUGUCUCCCGCCCGCCGGCCCGAGCCGCCGCCCCUCCCCCGCCUCCCGUGCUCCCGGGACAAUCCUCGCCUUGUCUGUGGCGCCGGCAUCUGGAGCUUUCUGUAGCCUCCGGAUACGCCUUUUUUUCAGGGCGUGGCCCCAGCCAAGCUGCUCCCCGCGGCGGCCGCACAGCAACCCGAGCGCCCCCUUUCCGGAGCUCCCCUCCGGAGCUGGGAUCCAGGCGCGUAGCGGAGAUCCCAGGAUCCUGGGUGCUGUCUGGGCCCGCUCCCCACCAUGACCUCCUCGGGGCCUGGACCCCGGUUCCUGCUGCUGCUGCCGCUGCUGCUGCCCCCUGCGGCCUCAGCCUCCGACCGGCCCCGGGGCCGAGACCCGGUCAACCCAGAGAAGCUGCUGGUGAUCACUGUGGCCACAGCUGAAACCGAGGGGUACCUGCGUUUCCUGCGCUCUGCGGAGUUCUUCAACUACACUGUGCGGACCCUGGGCCUGGGAGAGGAGUGGCGAGGGGGUGAUGUGGCUCGAACAGUUGGUGGAGGACAGAAGGUCCGGUGGUUAAAGAAGGAAAUGGAGAAAUACACUGACCGGGAGGAUAUGAUCAUCAUGUUUGUGGAUAGCUACGACGUGAUUCUGGCCGGCAGCCCCACAGAGCUGCUGAAGAAGUUCGUCCAGAGUGGCAGCCGCCUGCUCUUCUCUGCAGAGAGCUUCUGCUGGCCCGAGUGGGGGCUGGCGGAGCAGUACCCUGAGGUGGGCACGGGGAAGCGCUUCCUCAACUCUGGUGGAUUCAUCGGUUUUGCCACCACCAUCCACCAAAUCGUGCGCCAGUGGAAGUACAAGGAUGAUGACGAUGACCAGCUGUUCUACACACGACUCUACCUGGACCCAGGACUGAGGGAGAAACUCAGCCUUAAUCUGGAUCAUAAGUCUCGGAUCUUUCAGAACCUCAACGGGGCUUUAGAUGAAGUGGUUUUAAAGUUUGAUCGGAACCGUGUGCGUAUCCGGAAUGUGGCCUACGACACGCUCCCCAUUGUGAUCCAUGGAAACGGUCCCACUAAGCUGCAGCUCAACUACCUGGGAAACUACGUCCCCAAUGGCUGGACUCCUGAGGGAGGCUGUGGCUUCUGCAACCAGGACCGGAGGACACUCCCGGGGGGGCAGCCUCCCCCCCGGGUGUUUCUGGCCGUGUUUGUGGAACAGCCUACUCCGUUUCUGCCCCGCUUCCUGCAGCGGCUGCUACUCCUGGACUAUCCCCCCGACAGGGUCACCCUUUUUCUGCACAACAAUGAGGUCUUCCAUGAGCCCCACAUCGCUGACUCCUGGCCGCAGCUCCAGGACCACUUCUCAGCUGUGAAGCUCGUGGGGCCGGAGGAGGCUCUGAGCCCAGGCGAGGCCAGGGACAUGGCCAUGGACCUGUGUCGGCAGGACCCCGAGUGUGAGUUCUACUUCAGCCUGGACGCUGACGCUGUCCUCACCAACCUGCAGACCCUGCGUAUCCUCAUUGAGGAGAACAGGAAGGUGAUCGCCCCCAUGCUGUCCCGCCACGGCAAGCUGUGGUCCAACUUCUGGGGCGCCCUGAGCCCCGAUGAGUACUACGCCCGCUCCGAGGACUACGUGGAGCUGGUGCAGCGGAAGCGAGUGGGUGUGUGGAAUGUACCAUACAUCUCCCAGGCCUAUGUGAUCCGGGGUGAUACCCUGCGGAUGGAGCUGCCCCAGAGGGACGUGUUCUCGGGCAGUGACACAGACCCGGACAUGGCCUUCUGUAAGAGCUUUCGAGACAAGGGCAUCUUCCUCCAUCUGAGCAAUCAGUAUGAAUUUGGCCGGCUCCUGGCCACUUCCCGAUACGACACGGAGCACCUGCACCCCGACCUCUGGCAGAUCUUCGACAACCCCGUCGACUGGAAGGAGCAGUACAUCCACGAGAACUACAGCCGGGCCCUGGAAGGGGAAGGAAUCGUGGAGCAGCCAUGCCCGGAUGUGUACUGGUUCCCACUGCUGUCAGAACAAAUGUGUGAUGAGCUGGUGGCAGAGAUGGAGCACUACGGCCAGUGGUCAGGCGGCCGGCAUGAGGAUUCAAGGCUGGCUGGAGGCUACGAGAAUGUGCCCACCGUGGACAUCCACAUGAAGCAGGUGGGGUACGAGGACCAGUGGCUGCAGCUGCUGCGGACGUAUGUGGGCCCCAUGACCGAGAGCCUGUUUCCCGGUUACCACACCAAGGCGCGGGCGGUGAUGAACUUUGUGGUUCGCUACCGGCCAGACGAGCAGCCGUCUCUGCGGCCACACCACGACUCAUCCACCUUCACCCUCAACGUUGCCCUCAACCACAAGGGCCUGGACUAUGAGGGAGGUGGCUGCCGCUUCCUGCGCUACGACUGUGUGAUCUCCUCCCCGAGGAAGGGCUGGGCACUCCUGCACCCCGGCCGCCUCACCCACUACCACGAGGGGCUGCCAACGACCUGGGGUACACGCUACAUCAUGGUGUCCUUUGUCGACCCCUGACACUCAACCACUCUGCCAAACCUGCCCUGCCAUUGUGCCUUUUUAGGGGGCCUGGCCCCCAUCCUGGGAGUUGGGGGAUGGGUCUCUCUGUCUCCCCACUUCCUGAGUGCAUGUUCUGCAUGCCUGAACUGAAUAUGUCACCUUGCUCCCAAGACAUGGCCCUCUCAGGAAGCUCCCGGAGUCCCCGCCUCUCUCCUCCGCCCACAGGGGUUCGUGGGCACAGGGCUUCUGGGGACUCCCCGCGUGAUAAAUUAUUAAUGUUCCGUAGCCUCACUCUGAAUAAAGGACAGUUUGUAA